AUGUCUAAAUCAUUGUGGCCUAAUCUGUGCAAGUUGACGUUUGUAAGAAACUCUUCGACAAGGCCGGUUCUCAUUGCUCCCAGUGUUGUAAAUACUAUAAACCUGGAAGCACCCAAGAUCAACCAUUGUCAUGAACAAGCACAACUAAGAAGAUGGCUACCACUACGUUGUGGAGCAAUUUCGAAGAAGGAAGGUAUGAUGCCUUUUUUUGAUGAGACUAAUGGGAAAAGAGUAGCCGCAACUGUACUAAAAUUGGAUAAUGUUGAAGUGAUGAUGCAUAGAACUGUGGAAGAAAAUGGAUAUAUCGCUUGUCAAGUGGGAUAUGGGUCGAAGCAUCCUGCAAAGGUGAGCAGACAACUCUUGGGACAUUAUGCCUCGAAAUACGUAAAUCCUAAGGAAGAAGUCAGUGAGUUUAGGAUCAAGAAUAAUGCAGGUUUACUACCGCUAGGGACUCUCAUAAAGCCAUCAUUCUUCAAAGCUGGACAAUACGUCGACUUAAAAUCUAUAAGCAAGGGUAAAGGUUUUGCAGGUGUCAUGAAAAAAUACAACUUUAAAGGUUUGAAAGCUUCCCAUGGUGUCUCUAUUAUGCACAGACAUGGUGGUUCUUAUGGUCAAAAUCAGGACCCAGGUCGUAUCUUGCCCGGGAAGAAAAUGCCUGGUCAUAUGGGUAACAAAAACGUCACUAUUCAAAACGUUCAAGUCUUGAAGGUCGAUGACGAGAACGGAGUUAUACUGGUUAAAGGCUCUGUAGCUGGUCCUAACGGCUCAUUUGUGAAGAUUCAGGAUUCUAUCAAGAAACCUCCAACCAAUGCUUGA